AUGGAAAAACAAACAAUAAUAUAUACUCCCUAAAACCCGUAAAACAAACAAAUUAUUAGCAUAACAAAAAUUUUUUUAGCAAAAUAUUAAUCUUUUCUAAUCUAUAAUUAAUGUUGCAUUUAUUUAUUUAUUUAUUUUUAAAAUCCACAAGAAAAUUAAUAUAUUUUUUCUAAAUAUUUCUUUAGGGCUAGAAAGAUAUAUUCAUUUUUUUUAAUGUUUACUUUGUAUGCAUAAUAUUCACCUGUUUAUUUUUUAAGACCGAUAGUUGAUAUAAAUAAUGUCGAAUAUAUAAACAUUCAUGAUGCUGGAUUUGUUAAGCUAGAUGAUAAGUAUCACUACUCUUAAUAUGCAUUUAAUGUGUCUAUAUCAAAGUAGAAUAUAGAUAGUUUAACAAUCAUAAUAACUCCAUUUAAUUAUGACUAUGAGGAUUUAAAAUGUCAAAUUUUUUUUCAAAAUAUCAAUCUAAGUGUAUAAUUGUGCUAAAUAAAUUGCGAUAAAUGUGAUGAAAAUUAAGUGUGCUUAUAAUGUUCUUCUGGGUUCUAUUAUUAGUAUACUACAAAAUAGUGUGUAAGUUCUUGUGACAAUAACUAAUUUGUAGAUUAGUAGAAGUAGUGCUAAUUAUGUGAUAAUAGCUGUUCAAGUUGUGAUGGAAAAGACUCAAACAAUUGUUUAACUUGUUAACCUAAAAAAUUUUUCUAUAACAAAAGUUGUCUUAAUUUUUGUCCAAAUGGGUUUUAAAGUAACUAAACUGCGCUCACAUGCGAUUUAUGCUAAAAUUAUUGGAGCAAAAAGUGCAAUCCCUGUAAUCCUACAUGUUUAUAUUGUGAUUAAUCAUAGAUUUUAUAUGAAUAAUGUGAGACUUGUUAUAAUGAAACAAGAUAAUUAGAUGUUUCAAGUAAUAGAUGUGUUUGCAAAAACUAAAAUGAUAAAAGGAAUAUAUUUUAUUAAUGCAGUUAUGAAAAUAUUGCUGUUAUUGAUGCAAGACUAAGUGCAAUAUCUCCAUAGCUUUCUCUUGAUUUUGGAUCUCCAUUGGUGAAUAUCAUAGCAAAUACACCUUAAUCAUUGUGUUCAUAGAUAUUUGAUUAAACAACUUUAGACAUGCUUGGGUAAGAUUCUUUAUGCCAAAUCAAUGAAACUAAAAUUUUGGUUAAUUUAAGCAGCUCAUCAACUAUAAUGGAAAAUAACUCAAUUAAUUUUUUGCCAAAUAAGUUGCAGUUUAUAGAUUAUAGUGCCUAUUUCAUUAAUAUAUUUUAUAGAAAUAUUACUUUUCAAGAUCCCCCUGGAAUCCCUUUACUUUAAUUUAGUUAUAAUCACAUAGAAAACAGCUGUAAUUCUAUAAAUAUAACUCUCUAUAAUAUUUAAAAUGAUGCAGGAAGAAAAUUUAUGAGUGUAAAUUGGAAUUUAAAUCAAAUUGUAGGCUCAAUAAGCAAAGUACAGUAAGAAAGGAUAAAAGAAAUAUUAUUAAAAGCAAGCCAAAAUAAAAAUACUAGUUUAAUUAUCGAUCCUAUAUUCUUACCUCCAAAUAUUAAUAUUACUAUAUAAUUUAGUUACUUAUUAAAGGUUAACUAAACUGGCACUUAAAUAUUCACCAUUAUUUAUUAAAAAUAAAAAGUUAUAAGAAUUAAUUAUUAGCAAUCUCUGUAUCCACCAAUUUAUAGAUCUAUGAGCUUGACUUUCUAUUUUUAGUUUUAUAUUGAGACGUGCGAGAUAGGCGAAAUAACUUAUUUUAAUGAGCCUGUUGAUUUAUAAGUAGUUUCUAACUAGCUUUAAAAACAAAGUCUAACUCAAUAUAAUUAAUCAAGCUUUCAAUAUGAUAUUCUCCCUUACUCCCUAGCAUCUAAUAAAACUUUUAAUAUGAGCUUAAUUUUGAAUUUGAGUUCGGAUAAUUUGAUUACUGCCAUCCAAAAUGUAUCAGUUAAUAUUUAAAUUACAGAUUUAUAUUUGUAGAUUAUUGGAGGCUCAAGUAUUAAUAUAGGUUAUCAAAAUAAAAUGGUCUUAAAUACAGAUUCUAGGGAUUACGAGAUUUAAGAUGAAAACUCCCUUUCAAAUAUAAAUUUUAGUUGGAAAUGUAAUAGUCUAUCCUCUAAUGACCAUAUUUGCUAUGAUUACUAAAAUAAGUAGAUUUAAUUGCAAUAAGGAGCGAGUAAUAUUACAUUUCCUGCUAAAACUUUUUAGCCAUACACUGCAAUUUAAUUUACAGUUAUUGGAUAAAAAGAUUCUAGGCAAUCGAAUUUCACAACUACUUGUAUAUUCACAGAAUUAGAUAUUCCUCCACUAAAUAUUUUGUUUACAGCAGGACGCAUUAACCAAAAAAUUAAUUUAAAUGAAGAUCUUAGCUUUUAAAUAAUUUAUGGGGAGAACAUUUCAUCAGAUUAUUUUUCUUAUGCAGGAGCUAUAGUAUACAAUAGUAACACAGUUGCAGCAAUCAAAUUUGAUUAUUUCCAAGUUAGAUUCAGAAUUUGGAACUAUUUUUAAAACAUAGAUCCCUCAAAGCCAACACUUCAAAUAAGAUUUUCUGUGUAUAAUCCAUUAUUUGUUAUGCCAAGUUCUUCUAUAGUUAGCCUUUAAAUUAAUAUCCCCCCUCAGAAUUGUAUUUUAAAUAUUAAUCCCUUAUCAGGCAUAGCUCUCUAGACUAUCUUCUAAAUUUAAUACUUGGGUUGUACUGAUGAAGAUCUACCUUUAACUUACUAAUUCUUCUAUUACAAUAGUAUAGAUGAUGCCAAUCAAGAAUUAUUUUCUCCUUGGAAUAUUUUGAGAAGAUAAAUAUAAGACUAGACUUUAGAAAACUCAAUUUAAACAAUAUUACCUUAAGGAAAUCUAGUUGUUAUGGUACAAGCUAUGGAUUCUUACCUAGGAGUUUAUAAUAGCUCUUCAAUAAUAUAGGUUCAAUCUUAGAAUAAACAUACUGACGAAUAUUAUAAUCUGGUAAAUCAACUAAUUUCAUAAACUUUGUAAAGCUCAAAUAUAUAAUGCACUAACUAACUAGUGACUUUAAGUAUUAUUGCAGAAGACAUCUAUAAAAAUAAUCAACUUUCAUAGCAAUUCAAAGAUUUAGAAAGUCUAUUGAUUUAAAAUAUAUAGAAAUUAUCUCUCUAAAUACCUAAAUUCUCCUUUUUGUCUACAUAUGCGAACAAAGUAACGGCUUAGUUAUCAUAAGUUCUCUUUAGCUCACCAUACUAAAACAAUCCUACCACGUAGAAAAAUAAAAUAUUUACUUAACUGUAAACAAUACUCCAAAAUACUAACUCAAGUAUACAAAGUAAUAAUCUUAGUUAUUUACAACAAAUUAAUGACAUUCAAAUUUAAAAUGUAAUAGAUUCUUUUAAAAUUUUAAACUCUAGUGUUACUUUGUAUAGUAAUAACUCAUAGGAUGAUUUUUAGUCCUACGAGAAAAUAUCAAGUUAGAUUGGAAAUCUGCUUAAUAACAUUAAUUUACCAAACUAAGGAGAGAUUAUUUUAAAUGGUGGCUUGUCCACUCUUUUAACAGAUAAAGUAACAUAGAAAAAUAUAUUCAAAUACGUUCUAACUUUAGAUGAUUACACUACAAAUUAAACCAGUAUAUUUAGUAUUUCAAGAAAUAAUUAUAAAUUAAAUAUUUAUGAAAAUACUUCAGAAUUUUAGACUUACACAUAGCAAUUCAAAAAUAUUAGUUAAAAUUUCACUUACUCUAAGAAUGAAUUAAUAUCACCAUAGAUUUAUAAUUAUUCUUUUUACAUAACCUUAAACCAGUCUACUAUUAUUUACGAGUUUAAUAAUACAAAUUCUAGUAAGUUAUAUAAUAUGACAUGCCUCUAAUAAAAUGAUCUUUCAUGGAGCAAAGAAAAUUGUAAUAUCAAUAAAAUUAAUGAAAAUGAUUAUAUAUGCUUGUGUAAAUUUUAAAAACCAACAACUCUCAUUGAAGAUAUUGAUGACAUGUUCUUAAAAAAUAAAAAUUUGUAGACAGCAUUUGGAGAAUAAGGGCUAUUAAAUAUUGCAAGUUUCGAUAAUUUUUAAAUGUAUGUAGUAUUUUGGCUAUUGAUAAGUUUCACAUUGAUUCAUAUUUUAUUAUUUAUAAUUGGAAAAUUCUUAGAUAAAUAAUCAUUAAAAAAAAGAUACUCAAAAGUCCAUAAUUUAGAACUCAAUAACUUGUAAGAUUAAGGAUAACAAGAAUAAUAAAUAGAUGAAAAUAACUCAAACAUUUGUUAGAAUUCUUAAAAAAUAAACAAUGAUAUAUUCCAGUAGUCACCUUUAGCUAAUUAAAUUAAAAAUAAUGAAAAUGUUUAACCAUAGAUUUAGGAAUAAAAUCAAUAGAUUUUAUCACCUUUUGAUUAAAAAAUAAUAGGUAAUUAAAUUAAAAGGAAAAAAAAAAGAUAAAUAUUCCUGAGCUUAUAAAUAUAAUAAAACUUAAUUAACUUUAAGGAAUUUUAAGAACAAAAUAUUGAAACGAAUGAAGAAGAGGAUGAAUCUAAUUAAUUACAAAUAAUUAACCAAUAAUCAAAUCGCAAAAGUGUUAAUAGUGUUACAAAUUUAAAAACUCAAGCAAUACCAUAAACCGAAAUAAAAAAGGUUUAAGAUGAAGAUGAAAUUUAAAAAAUUAGAGUUUAUUUGUAACUUUCAAAAGCGAAAUAGGUAGCAAUUUUUCAUUAAUUUUUUAGUAUUUUUUACACUUUUGAUGAUAUCCUUAAACGACCAUUAAGAUUCACUCUGCUUUACAUAAAAGCAAUAUAUACAUUAGUUAUAUCAAUAUUAUUCUAAGGUUAUAAUAUGUUCAUUUAGCAGUUAAUAAUAGCCAUAAUUAACAGCUCAUUAAUGGAGAUUGCUUUUUUUGGAAUUGUGUUUUUAUUCAAAAAGGGUUCAAUUGGUAAAAUUGUAUCUAUAAUUUUGCAAGGAGGAAUUAUUUUAGUUUGUUACUAUUUAAUUUUAGCAGUAUCUAGUGGCAAAACUCCAAGUGAGUCGAAUUAAUUUAUAAUCCUAUUUAUAAUAUCUUUUCUAAUAGAAAUGGUAUUCAUAGAUUUAAUAAAGUCAUUUUGUAUGAUUUUGUUGAUUCAAAAAUACAUUAAAUACAAUCAAUCUCAAAAUAUUUUUGGUUAAUUGUAUAAUUUUUUUGAUUUAAAAUAAAUAAUAUUUAAUAUAGAUGUUUGA